AUGACUGGUGACCAACCUCCGGUCAAAGGUGUCCUGCUGCGGCUAUUGACACUCUGGGAGAGUUUUUUUGCCACCUUGAAGCAGGACAUGGACUCUGAGGUGGAUGAGGUGGUUCGGGUCCUUCUCCGCAUGCUGCGUAAUUGCCCAGAGUUUGUUGAGAAAGCAGCCAGUCAGACCCUGGGCAUCAUGGUGGAGAAUGUGACUCCUGCACGAGCAAUAGCUGCUCUCCUGGACAGUGGAGUCAAGGCCCGCCACGUCCAGGUGCGGAAGUGUGCGGCCGAGCUGCUGCUGUCCUUGCUGGAGAGAAUUGGAGUCACGGAGCUCGCAGGCACAGCCGGGGCUGGGAGCCUGGUGCACGCGGCAGGGACGCUGGCUCAGGACCGUCACCAGGACACAAGGCAUUAUGGACAGGACAUGGUGAAGAUGUUGCUCAAUCACCCAGAAGGUAAAAUGCUUUUGGAGCGAUCCGUUCCCGCCCGUCACCUGGAAGAUAUUCUGAAAAGAAUGAAGAAGAGAGUAACCUCUGUGAAGAAGAGGAGCGAUGGCUCGAAGCAGCCCCAGGCCACAUUGCCUUCUAGUCAAAGGGUGAAGUCGACCUGUGAUGGACGCCUCCUGCAGCGUCCAAAAGCCCAGGUGACGUUACCUCCAGCCAGGGAUGAAACGGAGACGCUCCAGAAGCUUUACGAUCUCCUGGAAGCCAAGGGGUUUGAGACACGGAUGGAAGGAGUGGCACUCCUCCUAGACGUGUGCAAAACCAGCCCCAAGCUCGUCGCCACUAACAUUGUCCAAAUUUUUCAUCAUUUUGACCUGAGAAUAUUUGACACUCACAAGCGAGUGAAGCAGAUGGCGCUGGACGUGCUGGCAGAAAUCAUAGCCAUCCUGGAAGAUGCCUUGUACCCAGUGAUGGUCCUUUUGGUGGAAGGAAUACUAAAGAACCUGAACUCAAAGGACCCUGGGGUUCAUGCUGCAGCUGUGAACGCCCUGGAAGAAUCCAUUGCUCAUUUAGAUAAAGUAUCACUGAUGAAAGAGUUCAGCCACCAAUGGAGUCAACUGAGUGGGCAAGCUCUGCUGGAUGUCACAGAGCGUAUCACAGAGCUGGUGGAAGAGGUUCAUGCCAGGAGCCCUGAAGUCGUCCAGCGCUGCGCCCUGCCCGUGCUCUGGUCCUUGCUGGAGAACAAGGCGCUGCCUGUGCGAAGCGCCAAUGUCCGCACGGUGCUCACCAGGCUCGCCUCUGCCCUCUACGAGGUGAUGGGCACCAAGCUGAGGAAGUGUGCUGCCAGCCAGCCCCCACACGUGCGGGAAAAACUCUCCAGCAUUUUGGGCUGCUGAAGGCUUGGUGUUCUCCAGCCAGCUGACCAAGGGCUCAGAUGGACACCACCGGAUCUGACAUUAUAGCUGUGCCAAAAAUGACAAAAUACUGAGGAAGGGUGUGCAUCUGCCCCUGCUCUCUCCACUGCCCUUCCUAGUCACGGCAUGCUCAGGGGGCCUGAAGCAACUCCAGACUGAGGACAAGGGGAAGGGCCAGCAGGGCUCAGCCUCACACAGAGGUAAGGUGGGAGCUGGGCCGCUCUCUGGCAGGAGGAAGGGUCUUGUGCCAGCCUGGAGAGCCUGUGCCCAUUGCCAGGGAACAGUUCUGCCCUGCAGGUGCCCCUGCCAUGAGCUGUGCUGCUCCCAGUGCCCCGUGGAGCUGUAGGGCUGCUCAGCUGUGGGGCAGGGAGAGGAGCAGGAGGCUGCAUGUGCAGCUGAGCCAUUGCUGGAAAGCACAGGGCUCUGGGCUCCUGCUGUCCCAGGGCAGCCCAGAGGCCAGGCUGCUCCCCUGGGAGCUCUGUGCAAGUGGGUCAGGGUGUGGCCCUGGCCUGCCUCAAGGGGCUGCUGGCAGGAGCAUGUUUCCCUGUGCAGAUGUUUAG